AAAAAACCCGUUGCCAAGAAAAAGAGGGGAGCAGAUGAGCGCCAAAAGACUUUGGCCGAAGCGGGGCUGAAACCGAGCCAGGCUUCGAAGAAGACGAAGAGGGCUCCAACGAGUGAUGAGGCCGGCGCUCCCUCUUCUCAGGCUGCUGCGGACAUCCAGCUGACCAAGGCUCCUCCCCUGGAUGAUCUGGCUAAGGUUUCUUCAUCGGCCGUCGUUGCUUCGGCCUCUCGGGUGGUUCCUACAACGGCUGCCAGUGCCCGCCUGGAGGAGGCCCUUGCCAAGGGGACGCAUGAGGUGACGGUGCGUUACUCGGUGAAGGGCGGUCUCUUCAACGAGACCGUUAGUGGCGACGACGUGCUUGCCCAGGCUAUGCCUGAGUAUGACCGGCAGUACCUCAGCCGGCAAGGCAAACAUGUCCAUUUGUACGAUGGGGGGUUGGACUACGUCGUCCAGGGUGCCCUGAUGUUAAGGGAGCAGCAUUG